CACAAACAAAAUACAUUUCUUGACAUCUCUGUCUAUUAGUACUAAAUACUUGAACAGAAAAGAGAAUUCAGAGAGCAGAAAAUAUGAGCAUCAAUGCUUCUCCUCUCCAAAAUCCAAGAAAAUGUGAAUUCCUCUGCAUGAAACUUUGAGAAGUCCUUUUCUGGGUUUUUCAGUGUUGGGUUUCUGCUGAUCAGAGGAGUUCAAAUGCAUAGUGGCGAAAUAAGUAGGGCGAGCAGUGCACGUCUGGGCAGCUCAAACAUAUGGAGGGACAAUGGAAGGGAGGUUUUUUCUGCGUCAUUUCGCGAAGAAGACGAUGAAGAAGCGCUGAAAUGGGCUGCUAUUGAGAAGCUUCCUUCUUAUUUACGAAUAGCCAGAGGGAUACUGACCGAAGAAGAGGGUCCGCCAAGAGAAAUUGAAAUCAAGAGUCUUGGGUUUUUGGAGAAAAGGAAGCUGUUGGAGAGACUGUUGAAGGUUGCGGAGGAAGAUAAUGAGAAGCUCUUGAUUAAGCUCAAGGAGCGGAUUGACCGGGUUGGAUUGGAACUUCCAACAAUAGAAGUCCGGUUUGAGCAUUUGAAUGUUAAUGCAGAAGUUUAUGCUGGCAGUAGAGCACAGCCCACUGUGUUCAAUUUCACUCUCAAUAUGGUAGAGGGGUUAUUGAAUUACCUCCAUAUUCUUCCAAGUAGAAAGAAGCCACUGCCAAUUCUUCAUAACGUCAGUGGAAUAAUCAAGCCUGGCAGAAUGACAUUGCUUUUAGGUCCACCAAGCUCUGGGAAAACCACAUUGCUGCGAGCUUUGGCCGGAAAACUCAAUACAGAUCUAAAAGUUUCGGGAAGAGUUACAUACAACGGCCAUGGAAUGGACGAGUUUGUACCGCAGAGGACUUCCGCUUAUGUAAGUCAGUAUGAUCUUCAUCUUGGAGAACUGACGGUGAGAGAAACAUUAGCAUUCUCGGCUAGAUGUCAAGGGGUUGGACCUUUUUAUGAAAUGUUGGCAGAACUAUCAAGGAGAGAAAAGAAAGCAAACAUUAAGCCUGAUUCGGAUAUUGAUAUUUUCAUGAAGGCUGCAUCACUAGAAGGGCAGGAGGCCAGUGUGGUAACAGAUUAUGCUCUUAAGAUAUUGGGUCUUGAAGUAUGUGCAGAUACCUUGGUGGGUGAUGAAAUGCUGAGAGGUAUAUCUGGUGGGGAGAAAAAGCGGCUCACAAUAGGGGAGAUGUUGGUUGGACCAGCUAGAGCACACUUCAUGGAUGAGAUAUCAACUGGGUUGGACAGCUCUUCAACUUUCCAGAUUGUAAACUCAAUUAGGCAGUCCAUCCACAACCUUCAAGGAACUUCUGUAAUCUCUCUCCUCCAGCCGGCACCAGAAACUUACAACCUGUUUGAUGACAUAAUUCUGCUCUCCGAUGCACAAGUUGUGUAUGAAGGCCCCCGUGAAUGUGUGCUAGAGUUCUUUGAACACAUGGGAUUCAAGUGUCCUGAAAGAAAAGGAGUUGCUGACUUCUUACAAGAAGUGACAUCAAGGAAAGAUCAAGAGCAGUACUGGGCAAACAAAGAAGUGCCUUACCUUUUUGUUACUGUCAAGGAGUUUGCAGAAGCAUUUCAGUCCUUCCAUGUCGGCCGGAAACUGGGCGAUGAGCUUUCUGUUCCAUUUGACAGAGCUAAGGGCCACCCUGCCGCUUUAACAACCAAGACAUACGGUGUCAACAAAAAGGAAUUAUUGACAGCUUGCAUGUCCAGAGAAUACUUAAUCAUGAAGAGGAACUCUUUUGUCUACACAUUCAAGUUGACUCAACUUAUUCUUAUGGCAUUGAUAACGAUGACAGUAUUUUUACGAACUGAGAUGCCUAAGGAAACAGUAGAUGACGGAGGGAUUUUUAUGGGUGCCUUGUUCUUCACCCUUGUGAUGAUAAUGUUCAAUGGGUACUCAGAAAUUUCACUGACAGUCAUGAAACUUCCUGUCUUCUACAAGCAAAGGGACUUUCUAUUUUUUCCUGCUUGGGCAUACACUUUACCGACAUGGUUCCUCAAGAUCCCAGUAACAUUCAUAGAAGUUGGUGCAUGGGUUUUCCUAACUUAUUAUGUUAUAGGCUUUGAUCCAGAUGCUGGAAGGUUUUUCAAACAAUACUUGCUACUUGUAUCCAUUAACCAGAUGGCUUCUGCGCUGUUUCGAUUCAUUGGGGGAAUAGGAAGGAACAUCAUCGUGGCAAGCACAUACGGGUCAUUUGCUUUACUUGUAGUUCUUGUACUGGGUGGAUUUGCAUUGUCACGAGUUAAUGUAAAAAAAUGGUGGAUAUGGGGUUAUUGGUUGUCACCGAUGAUGUAUGGGCAAAAUGCUUUAGCUGUGAAUGAAUUUCUUGGCAAGAGUUGGACAAAAAUCCCUCCUAAUUCAAUGGAGACUCUAGGAGUACAAGUCUUGAAGUCUUGCGGACUUUUUCCUGAGGAAUAUUGGUAUUGGCUCGGACUAGGAGUUACGCUCGUAUAUUUUGUUGUAUUCCAAUUCCUUUUCUCUUUGGCUCUAGCUUAUCUCAACCCUUUUGGCAAGCUGCAAGCUAUUCUAACCGAAGAAACCUUGACUGAGAGAGUUGCCAUCAAAACAGGAGAGUUAGUUGAGUUAUCAUCAAGAGGAAAUAAUACUUCUGGUGAAAAGGGAAAUGAAGUACAAAAAAGCUUGUCGUCCAGGUCAUUGUCAUCAAGAGCUGGAAGCAUUACUGAAGCUGGCCAGAACAGACAGAGAGGAAUGGUUCUACCUUUCGAACCACAUUCCAUCACCUUUGAUGAGAUCAGAUAUGCAGUAGAUAUGCCGCAGGAAAUGAAAGAUCAAGGCAUACCUGGGGACCGGUUAGAACUUCUGAAAGGAAUAAGUGGUGCUUUUAGACCAGGAGUCCUUACAGCUCUCAUGGGUGUCAGUGGGGCUGGUAAGACCACCUUGAUGGAUGUGUUGGCUGGUAGAAAAACAGGCGGAUAUAUUGAUGGAAGAAUCACAAUAUCUGGAUACCUAAAGAAGCAAGAAACAUUUGCUCGCAUGGCAGGAUACUGCGAGCAAACUGAUAUUCACUCUCCUCAUGUUACAGUAUACGAGUCAUUAGAGUAUUCUGCAUGGCUUCGGUUGCCCCCUGAAGUUGAUUCUGAAACCAAAAUGAUGUUUGUUGAUGAGGUCAUGGAGCUUGUGGAGUUAACCCGACUAAAGGGAGCACUUGUUGGAUUGCCUGGGGUGAAUGGCCUUUCAACUGAACAACGCAAGAGGCUUACAGUUGCAGUUGAGCUUGUAGCCAAUCCAUCAAUACUAUUCAUGGAUGAACCAACCUCAGGACUUGAUGCUAGGGCGGCAGCAAUAGUGAUGAGAACAGUGAGGAACACAGUAGACACAGGACGAACUGUGGUGUGCACCAUCCAUCAGCCAAGCAUCGACAUAUUUGACGCUUUUGACGAGCUGCUUCUUUUGAAAAGAGGAGGAGAAGAAAUAUAUGUUGGGCCGUUAGGCCAUCAUUCUGCCCAUCUCAUCACAUACUUUGAGGGAAUCGAUGGAGUUAGUAAAAUCAAAGAUGGUUAUAAUCCUGCAACCUGGAUGUUAGAGGUAACUGCACCUGAAUCAGAAACAGCUCUUGGGAUCGACUUUGCCAAUGUGUUCAAGAACUCAGAACCAUACAGGAGAAACAAAGAUUUGAUCAAAGAACUGAGCAUACCAGCUCCAGGAUCAAAUGACCUAGACUUUCCCUCUAAAUACUCGCAAUCUUUCUUCACGCAAUGCAUGGCUUGUCUGUGGAAGCAAUAUUGGUCAUAUUGGCGAAACUCUUCAUACAGUGCAGUGCGGUUAAUGUUUACCACAUUCACAGCUCUAAUGUUUGGAACAAUAUUCUGGCGCCUUGGUUCUAAAAUCAAAAAGAAACAAGACCUCUUCAAUGCAAUGGGGUCUAUGUUUGUUGCUAUAAUCUUUAUCGGUGGACAUAAUAUCUCAUCAGUGCAGCCAGUGGUUGCGAUUGAGAGAACAGUCUUUUACCGCGAAAGAGCAGCUGGCAUGUAUUCAGCUUUGCCAUACGCAUUUGGACAGAUUGCGAUUGAGAUUCCAUACGUUUUGGUUCAAACGAUCAUAUAUACAGUGAUAGUUUAUGCGAUGAUUGGAUUCGAGUGGACAACGGACAAGUUCUUUUGGUACCUAUUCUUCAUGUACUUCACCUUGUUAUAUUUCACCUUCUAUGGAAUGAUGGCAGUGGCUGUUACUCCCAACCACAACAUUGCUACCAUAGUUUCAUCUUUCUUCUACCUAAUAUGGAUUCUUUUCUCAGAAUUUAUCAUUCCAAAGAAGAGGAUUCCAGUGUGGUGGAGGUGGUAUAGUUACAUUUGCCCGUUCUCUUGGACUAUGUAUGGGUUAGUUGCUUCACAGUUCGGAGACAUAAACGACAAGCUUGACACGAAGGAAACUGUGAAAGAGUUUGUCAAUCGUUACUUUGGAUUUGAACAUGACUUUUUGGGAUUUGUUGAGCUCAUUGUACUCGGGUUCACCGUGCUCUUUGGGUUUUUUUUAAAUCUUUUACAAAUCGGAUCAUCAAAAUUUUAUAAUCGGGACAAAUUGGAUCACCAUAUUGAUUCCAAUCUAAGGUCGAAAAUUCCGAAAAACAGAGGAGAAGCACUUCGCAUCAUGUUGAAGACGCGAUUUUUGAAACAGUGGGGAAGCCUUCUUGUAGGACUUCUCAUGUUGAACAUGCGAAGUGUAUUCAGUAUGGAACUCGCGGUUCCUAUGCCCGCGUUACUCUUUUUGGUUCUCGCUCAAGCGUUUGCCAAAACACCCAGAUUGUCGAAUGCCAUAGAAAACAACGAAGUCGUAUCCCGUCGACCCUCUGCAUUUUCCGGCAACAAGGACUCCGGCUACCACGGAGUUCUGGUUGGGGUUCUGCUUAAUACUACUGGACAGUACUAUUAG